AUGGCGUUUAGAGGGAAGGAAAUGAUGAAGAAGCUGGUGAAGAAAGUGGGAGCGGAGAAUCUGACGCCGGAGCUUAAAGAGAAGCUCAAGGCUUGUGUUCCCGAUAGCAAAGUCGUGAUGGGCAGAGCCAAACGCGGUCUCUACGCCGGCCGCCAUAUCCAGUUCGGAAACCGCAUCAGCGAAGACGGUGGCAACAAGUCAAGAAGAUGUUGGAAACCGAACGUUCAGGAGAAGCGAUUGUUCAGCUACAUAUUCGACCGUCACAUCAAAGUGAAAGUGACAAUGCACGCUCUCCGCUGCAUCGACAAAGCAGGAGGAAUCGACGAGUACCUUCUGAAAACGCCGUACCAAAAGAUGGACACAGAGAUGGGUCUCUUCUGGAAAACCAAAGUGGAGCAAAGGUAUGCAGAGCUAGGUCAAAUGGAAGUAGCCUUCUUCACUCCAGAGGAUGAAGCCAAGUUCGAACAAGGAUUCAAAGACUUGAAUAUAGCUAAGAAAGAUGCUCGUAGGGUGGCUCGUAAGGAAGCUAGAAGACAGAUGUUUGGAGGCGGAGAAGAGAAGGGUGAGGAAGAAGCUUCUCUUGAAGCUGGAGGGUCAGAGUCACACAAAGAUGAUGAUCAUGAUUGGAUUAAAGAAGCUUCUCUUGCUAGUGCUUAG